GAGUCAGGUUUCCCCAUGGGCAGCAGGGACUCAAGAGUGCUUGAGCAUCAUCUGCUGCUUUCCCAGGCACAUUAACAAGUUGGAUUGGUACUAGAGUAGCCAGGACUUGAACCAGUGCUCUGAAAUGGGAAGUGAGCAUUCCGAACAACAGCUUUACCAAUGGCAUCAUAAAUUUAAAAGAAAAUUUGUUUUUAAAGAUGUAUUUGUUUUAGGAUUUGCACUGCUGGCAUGGGGUCCUGCUGGUGGCCUGUGUCCGGGGGGUUGGGGGGGGGUGGCUGGAGGCUGGGGUCUGCAGGCUGCAGCGGGGCUCUGCUCAGAGGCAAGGGACACCCCUAAGAGCUAGCCUGGGAGUUUGGCGGGCAAUGGCAACCCCUCCAAGCAGUGUGAACCGUUUUGUGUUUCCACAGCCCACUGGUUUUGUGGGCUUGGCUGUUUACAACAAUCUGCACGAGAGGCUAAGAAUAUUGUAUGCAAAGAUUCUGGAUGUUUUUCAACAGAUGCCUAAAACUGCAGCAUACAAAAAAUAUAGGCAGCAGAUUAUAAAUGAGGAGCUGAAUAUGGUGAAAAUGAAAUUAGAUGUUAAAAAAUUAGAAGAUAAACUUCAGGGUGGCCAAAUAGAAGCGGUGAUUCUUCAAGCUGAAAAUGAACUAAGUCUGGCAAGAAAAAUGAUGCAGUGGAAAACACGGGAGCCAUUAGUGGAAGGACCUCCUGCCAGCCAGUGGAAAUGGCCAAUAUAAAUAGGUUGAUGGGAAAUGAAUGUAACUAAAUGUGCUAUUAUUUUAAAAUGUUUCCUUACUACUGACAUUUUGUAGGUAUGUACAAAUGUAGAAAACUGAUAGAAGAUGUAUGUAGGACGCUUGGUAAAAUCAGUUAUCAUGGUGAUAGAGUCGUGUGGCUCAGUUUUUGAUUUAUAAAGUAUCACCCUGAUUAUUUCAAACACAGCAUUUCUUUGACCAAAAAAGG